AAUAACAGUUAUUGAUAUAAACAGAAUCGAGUUACAUAUGACUUUUUUAUUUUCUGUUUAUAGAAAUCGUAAAUAUACCUACUGUUGUUCUAAAAAUUUUCAGUUCCAAUUGUCGAAGAAGAUGUCGGCUGUGUCACGUGUUUGCUACGAUCACAAAUAGAACCGAACAGUCAUCACACGAAAGUCUCGCCAUAAGAGAAGUCAGUGCUGCCUCUAAAGAUUGUCGAGAAAAUUAAAUUCAUGUGCGUAGUAAUGUAAUUUCAGAUCUUGUUGCUAAUCGAAUUACGUAACUGUAGUUUUGACGAAUAUUGGCGCCGAACGGUUGCUUUACAUUUCGAAGAUGGAGUAUUAUAGUGAUUCAGAAGAGGAAUCUUUGGGAGCCAAGGUCGCUAUGUUCAACCAGUAUGCCAACAAACAUAAAGAUAAGCAGAGUAAAAAUCCGUUCACUUCUGGUCUAAAUAUCGAAAAGCCAAAAUUCUCGAAGGAGGAAUAUGGCAGACCAGAAGCAGGUUCCUUGUCCGAUAUACGCGGUCGCAAAGCAAACGCUCAUGUCUUGAAGGAAAUUCUGGAGCUUUGUGAAAUCAUUAGCCAAGAAGGCACACCCUGCCGAGAUCAACCAGACGUAAUUGGCAUCACGUUCGGCGAUAUUUUUAAUAUUUAUACUAAUAUUAGCAGCAAAUGCGUAGGACUGCUGUUGAGAGCAAGGAAACAGAAGUAUUUAGAAUUUGAAGGCGAAUGUCUGUUUCAGAGGAGAGACGAUGAUGUACCAAUAUUUUUAGUCAAACCCAUCGAAGAAAUUCGUCAGGAAUACAGACGACGACUUGAGGAAACUCAAUAUGAUGCACUGGAUAGUUAAUGCAAAUUAUCGUUGUUUCUAUUACCGGUUUUUACAAUCGAAGGAUCCUCUAUUUAUCCAUUUAUAUUUCACAGUAAUAUGAAUGAGACCAGUAUAUAUGUAAUUUGUAUUUGACUCGCCGGUUUUGUAUUUUAAGAAUGAUUGCGGAUCGGUGUAAAUAUUUUCGCGAGUGGCGCAAAUGAGAUACGUUAAUGUGACAAUGAAACGCUAUUUCAUACAAUUUUUAUAGAAUAUAUUACUGAGGCUGUCGACUAUGUAAAUAUCUGAUGCGAAAUAAAUAAUUAAUAUCUCGUA